AUGGCGUCGUCGUCGUCGAUUAAGAGUUGCAUGAAUGCAACAUGUGGAGUCUCGACGUCAAGUUCUGGCGGGUGGAGAAAAGGUUGGGCACUGCGAUCUGGUGAUUUUGCCAUUCUCUGCGAUAACUGCGGGUCUGCAUAUGAGCAAUCAAUUUUUUGUGAAGUUUUCCACUCGAAGGAUUCUGGGUGGAGGGAGUGCACUUCCUGCAGCAAGCGUCUCCAUUGCGGAUGCAUUGCUUCCAAGUCUCUGCUUGAGCUACUUGAUGGUGGCGGUGUGAACUGUACAAGCUGUUCCAGAAGUGCAAGAGUUACUUCUGUGAAUGGUGAUGAAAAACCUAAUGGAUUUGGUAUGUCAAAAGUUGAAAACGUUGGGGAACUGCAAUCUGCUUCUGCUGACAACCAGUUGGCAACUGAAACAAAGCUUAUGCAGUUAGGUAAUUGUAUUGAUGGCAUUGGGACGAGGAAUUUGCUUCAGUUACAGAGUGAUGAGACAAAUGGGUCUUACCGGAAAAUGAAACAGGAGGAUAUACUACCUCCUUUGGGAGAAAUUGCAUGCACAAGUUUUUCAAAUUUUAACCAAGCAUCCAAUGCAUCAUGUCAAGCUGCUAAGCCAGAGAUUCAUAGAUCAUUUGCUGCAGCAAAAGAUUUAUAUGAAUCACUAGCGCAAACAAACUUGAGUAUGAGUCUGGGUUCUUCUUUAGGAAACCCAAAUCCCUUUCCUGGAGGUGUUGUUGAUGAAAGGGUACCGAGUAAGGCAUCCUCUCCGCUCCAACAAGGACCCAGGUCUCGCCAUCUAUUGCCAAAGCCUCCAAAGUCAGCCCUUUCUAUGGAUGCAAAUGUGGGCAUGGUCUCACAGAUACGUGUUGCUAGGCCACCUGCUGAAGGACGGGGAAGGAAUCAGUUGCUUCCUCGUUAUUGGCCUAGGAUUACAGAUCAAGAAUUGCAGCAAAUAUCUGGAGAUCCAAAUUCCACCAUUGUCCCAUUGUUUGAAAAGGUUCUCAGUGCGAGUGAUGCUGGUCGCAUUGGUCGUUUGGUUCUCCCUAAAGCAUGUGCUGAAGCUUAUUUUCCUCCCAUCUCUCAACCUGAGGGUCUUCCUCUACGGAUUCAAGAUGUUAAGGGUAAAGAGUGGGUAUUUCAGUUCAGGUUUUGGCCUAAUAAUAACAGCAGGAUGUACGUCUUGGAGGGUGUAACUCCAUGCAUACAGUCCAUGAAAUUGCAAGCUGGAGAUACUGUAACAUUUAGCCGUAUGGAUCCAGAAGGAAAACUUGUGAUGGGGUUUAGAAAAGCAUCAAACUCUAUAGCAAUGCAGGAUACCCAACCAGCUGCCAUUCCUAAUGGUGUUCCUUCAAGUGAAAGUUACUUUUCUGGUGUUUUUGAGAACCUGCCUAUAAUAAGUGGUUACUCUGGCCUUCUUCAGUCACUAAAGGGAAACACAGAUACACACUUAAGUGCAUUGUCGAAACAUUUGCAUUCAGCUAGUGGUGAUAUGAGCUGGCAUAAAUCUGAGAAGCAAGAAGACAGGACGAGGGAUGGCUUGCUGCUACCAUCAUUGUUGGUUCCUGAGAGAAAAAGAAUGCGAAAUAUUGGGUCUAAAAGUAAGAGGCUACUAAUUGAUAGCCUAGAUGCUUUGGAGCUCAAACUUACAUGGGAAGAGGCACAGGAUUUGCUUCGCCCAGCACCAAGUGUCAAGCCUAGCAUUGUCACCAUAGAGGAUCAUGAUUUUGAAGAAUAUGAAGAACCUCCAGUUUUUGGGAAGAGGAGUAUCUUUAUAGUUCGUUCUAUUGGGGGACAAGAGCAAUGGGCCCAGUGUGAUAGCUGCUCCAAAUGGCGAAGGUUGCCGGUUGAUGUCCUCCUUCCACCUAAGUGGAUGUGCGUGGACAAUGUUUGGGAUCAAAGCAGGUGUUCAUGUUCUGCUCCAGAUGAAUUGGCCCCAAGGGAAUUAGAAAAUCUUCUAAGACUGAACAAGGAUUUCAAGAAACGGAGAAUUACAAACAGCCAUCAGCCAGCCCAGGAACAUGAAUCUUCUGGUCUGGAUGCUCUGGCCAAUGCUGCAAUCCUUGGGGAUGUGGGGGAGCAAAGCACUACUAUUGUUGCAACCACAACAAAACACCCUAGACAUCGUCCUGGCUGCUCAUGCAUUGUGUGUAUCCAGCCCCCAAGUGGGAAGGGGAAGCACAAGCCUACAUGCACAUGUAAUGUCUGCAUGACAGUUAAACGCCGUUUUAAAACUUUAAUGAUGCGCAAAAAGAAGCGUCAGUCAGAGCGCGAAGCAGAAAUUGCCCAGAGGACUCAGCAAAUGGCGGGUCCCAAAGAUGAAGCAGAAGUAGAGAGUAACUCUAAGCUUGCAUCGACGCCUGUAGAUCCUUCGGAUAACGAAGCCAGGUCAGGGAAUGAGUUAGAAUCCAAAAGCCAAAGCAAUAAUCUGUCAAACAAAUUGGCUGACUCGGGCAAGGGACAUCUAGAUUUAAACUGCCAUCCUGAUCGUGAAGAAGACUCACAAGCAGGACUAACCAGAAUAAGCAUGACGAGUCUUCUUCAAGUAGCGAGCCUUCCGUUGGACACGUAUUUGAAGCGGAAUGGUCUUGCAAGUUUAUCUGAGCAACAAGCAAGCUCAGCAUCAAAUGUGCCAGCCCAAACCGGGGAAAAUGAAGCGAAAAUUAACGAGGAUUGUAAACCUGCUUCAGCUGGUCAAGAGCAGGAGAGCGGAGGUGAAGAGAAUGAAGAACCUGGACCAGAACAAAGCCAAAAUGACCCUGUAUAA